AUGGAAUCGGAGAUGAUCGAUGUUGUGAGAUUCGAGAAGGAGAACGCUCUCGCCAGUUUCAAUCGAUUCCGUGGAAUCGCGAAAUUCCGGCAGGUUCUCGAAGUUGUGGUGGUUCUAGGGCUGAUUUCCUGGUCCACGCCGCGCGUUCCGGCGGCUCUGACGGCGGCGGCCGCCUCCGCCGUCGAGUUCUCCGCCUAUCUCCUCAACCACCACGUCGUUUUCCUCAUCGGAAACGCCAUUAUCGUCCUGCUGUUUGCGCUCUGCCGCCAAAACGACGCCGCCGUGAAUUCCUCCGGCGACGGCGAUUUCUACGAUGACUACUUGAAACACAGUGAGGCUGUUCACCACCGGGAACCUAAUCCGGCGGAGGCGCCACGCGAUGAGGAGAAGCAGAUUGUAGUACUAUGCAAAGAGGAGACAGUCGCGGCGGCGUCGGCGGCGCCGCCGCAGUGCGAUGACGUGGCGGCGGCGAUAGAUAUGGCCACGAGGCAGAUAAAACGGUUCCAGCGUACGCAGUCGGAGAGGCUGAGGAGAGAUAUCGCGGUGAGGCCGCAGCAGGAGCUCCGACGAUCGGAGACACAGAAUUUCCGGAAAAGCGAGAGCUCCGGCGAGGGGGUGGAGGCGGCGGAUAUGGAGAGCCUGAGCAGCGAAGAGUUCCGGCAGACGGUUGAUGCGUUCAUCGAUAAGCACUGGGUGAGGAAGAAGACGAAACAACAUCAGUUUGAGGAACAUGAAAAAUAUCACUUAAUGAAAAUGGCUUAUUAA